GAGCUCGUCCGUCGCCUUUAUAAAGCGGGCUCUUUGCUGCUUGGCUGCUUCCAGUAGACCAGUACUCUCCACCUACCAAUCGCUCUCACUCUCCUUUGGAUUCGAUUUUCCACGAAGUCCCCGGCUAAGCCUCAGGAGAGGAAGAAUGGCGGACGAAGGCACGGCGAACUGCAUCGACAUCAUCCUCGCCAUCAUCCUGCCGCCGCUCGGCGUCUUCUUCAAGUUCGCCUGCGGGAUCGAGUUCUGGAUCUGCCUGCUGCUCACCUUCUUCGGCUACCUCCCCGGCAUCAUCUACGCCGUCUGGGUCAUCACCAGGUAGGAGUGACCGACCACUACGGUCCUCCUUCGUCACCAAUUGCGUAGGCGAUGUCAUGGCGAUCCUGUAUCUUUCUUCCGUGCCCGUUGUGAGCUAGCAGCUUGUUUCACAACACGUACGCUAGCUGUAAGCUGUUGUAUGUAUGUGUGUGUGUUGUAAAAUCGGUUCUGCUUGUGCUCAGUUUUCUUUCUCUUCUGGUCUCCACUGUACGUGUCCCAUCUUUCCCUCUAGCUCUCUCCCUCCUUCCCAUCCGGAUGUUGCAUGUAGCAUCCCGUUCCGUCCCCUGUCUGUACCUCGAUUGAUUAUUAAUUGUUUGUGGAGAAAUCCCCUUGUUCUUGA